CGCCGUCCCUGAAGUUUGUUGUGGUGCGCGGCGUCCCGGAGGCCUGCGGCUGGGGGACCGGGCCGCGGUGCCGCCAUGGCGGUGCGACAGGCGCUGGGCCGGGGCCUACAGCUGGGUCGAGCGCUACUGCUGCGUUUCACAGCCAAGCCUGGCCCGGCCUAUGGCUGGGGACGGCCCGAGCGGCCGGGCCCCGCGGCGGGAUGGGGCCGCGGAGAACGCCGGGGUCAGACCGCGGGACCCGGCGCGGAGCCGCGCAGGCUCGGGCUCGGGCUGCCCGACCGCUACCGCUUCUUCCGCCAGUCGGUGGUCGGGCUGGCGGCGCGGCUCCAGCGGCAGUUCGCGGUGCGGGCCCGGGGUGGCGCGGGCCCUUGCGGCCGGGCCGUGUUUCUGGCCUUCGGUCUGGGCCUGGGCCUCAUCGAGGAGAAGCAGGCGGAGGGCCGGCGGGCGGCGUCGGCCUGUCAGGAGAUCCAGGCAAUUUUCACCCAGAAAAACAAGCUGCUCCCGGACCCACUGGACACCCGAUGCUGGCAGGGCUUCCGGCUGGAGGAGUAUGUGAUAGGACAGCCCAUUGGCAAGGGUUGCAGCGCAGCUGUGUACGAAGCCACCGUGCCUGUGCUGCCCCAGAGCCUGGAGGUGGCAAGGAGCAUCGGGCUUCCUGGCAGAGGCCCAGAUACCGCUCCCCAGGAAGAGGAGCCGGCUUCCCGGGCCGCUGGCUUUCCCUUAGCCAUCAAGAUGAUGUGGAACAUCUCGGCAGGCUCUUCCAGUGAAGCCAUCUUGAACACAAUGAGCCAGGAGCUAGUCCCAGCUAGUCGAGUGGCCUUGGCCGGGGAGUACGGAGCAGUCACUUACAGAAAGUCCAAGGGAAGUCCCAAGCAACUGGCCCCUCACCCCAACAUCAUCCGGGUCUUCCGUGCCUUCACCUCUUCUGUACCACUGCUGCCAGGGGCCCUGGUCGACUACCCUGAUGUGCUGCCGCCACGUCUUCACCCUGAAGGCCUGGGCCACGGGCGGACGCUCUUCCUCGUUAUGAAGAACUACCCCUGCACCCUGCGCCAGUACCUUCGUAUGAACACCCCGAGCCCCCGCCUCGCCACCGUGAUGAUCCUGCAGCUCCUGGAGGGGGUGGAUCAUCUGGUUCAACAGGGCGUUGCGCACAGAGACUUGAAAUCUGACAACAUUCUCGUGGAGCUGGACGCAGAUGGCUGCCCCUGGUUGGUGAUCACAGAUUUUGGUUGCUGCCUGGCUGAUGAGCGCAUUGGCCUGCAGCUGCCUUUCACCAGCUGGUAUGUGGACCGGGGUGGAAACGGCUGCCUGAUGGCUCCUGAGGUGUCCACAGCCUGCCCGGGCCCCAGAGCAGUGAUUGACUACGGCAAAGCCGAUGCCUGGGCAGUGGGUGCACUCGCCUACGAAAUCUUCGGGCUCUCUAAUCCCUUUUACGGCCAGGGCAGGGCCCACCUUGAAAGCCGCAGUUACCAGGAGGCUCAGCUGCCCGCACUGCCCAAGUCGGUGCCUCUAGAAGCAAGACAGUUGGUGAGGUCACUGCUCCAGCGAGAGGCCAGCAAGAGACCGUCUGCCCGAGUGGCUGCUAAUGUGCUUCACUUAAGCCUCUGGGGGGAACACACGCUGGCCCUGAAGAAUCUGAAACUAGACAAGAUGGUCGGCUGGCUCCUCCAACAGUCCGCUGCCACUUUACUGGCCAACAGGCUCACGGAGAAGAGCUGCGUGGAGACAAAGAUGAAGAUGUUAUUUCUGGCCAACCUGGAGUAUGAAACGCUGUGCCAGGCAGCCCUGCUCCUCUGCUCCUGGAGAGCAGCCCCAUAAGGGCCCUGCUGUAGCUGAAUUACUAAAAGAACUUAGCAGCAUCCGUGUGGUGAUGGUCUGUGAAUGGGCAGAGCUCCCAGGAGUGAGGGCGGGAGCAGAACAAGAUGGCGUAGGGAGGGCUGGUCAGCCCCGGAGAAGGCCUCGGGUUUGGCAAAUGGAAGGAACAGCUAGCUCACGUCCAAGUUCAGUCCGUAGCUACUAACUCACCCUAGCCGUGCCAUCCUAGGUGCCUCACGUAACCUGUGUGGUCUGACGUUCUCACGGGCAGCGUCGAGGGGCUGGCAAACAGACUGUCUCGUAGCGCAGAAGCAGUCUUAAAUAUGUAAAUACACCGAAAUUUGAAUUUCGCAGGUAACUAAUAUUUUAAUUUUUUCCAACUAUUUGAAAACCCGAAAAACAGGCAGCAGGCCAGACUGGCCCACAAGUCAGAGUUUGCCAACCCCUGGUCUAGAUGAAUUCAAAAGGCCUAAUUCUAAAAAGACACCCUGAUUAAUCACAAGGCCCCUUGUGUGUAAAUGCUAAUAGAAGGUGAGAAGACCGGAGCACACAGCCAGAGGCAUGCAUUCUCUGCAGCAAAUGAGGAGUGAGGUGUUACCUGCUGACCAAAAGCCCUCAUGGACCUCUGUGAAGCCGGUGGCUGAGCUGGUCUGUUAGGUCUGGAGGUGAGGCUGAGUGAGGCCCAGACGUGUGCCUCCCCCCUCACCUUCCAGAGGUCCCAGCAAGGCCCUGCCUGUUGGUAGCAGAGCAUGACUCCAGGAAGGGACUGCGGCUUGUUUGAAAGUGGCAGCCGUGAAUCAGCCUGUGUGCUUCCUGAGCUAAGGCAGACAUCUGCCCGGGUCGGUAUAUUCGGGUGUCAGAAUGAAAACAUCCAGUGAGGCCUGAGAAGUAGGAAGCCUCUGCACUUCAGUCAAGCAUUCUGGAAAGCUCUGGGGUGUGUCUGCGGAAGCAUUUCCACUCAGCUCCUCCAGCUACUAAAUCGAGUCUAGUGGAGCUAGAAGUAAUGAAGAAAUGGAAGUUAACCGUGUAGUGUUUUAUUGCUAAUCUGCCUUUUGACCAGUAUUUCUUAUAGAAAUCGUGAAGAAUUAAAUGCACAUUUUCAACUGCAGAAGACGUUAUUUGCUUUGAAUUGAA